CAGUACGAUGUACCCGGGCCGCGAGAGCAGUGGGGUGACGCGUCGCCCACCAGUGUCACUCGGUCUGCGUUCAGUCGUCGCGUAUCCGUGAACUUGGCCUGGUCCGAUCACCCUGGCCCCGAGGCCUUAUCAGAGGCGCCGCCCGCGGCCUAUAAUAGCUGGGCCGGCGUCUCCCUUUGCCUCCAGAUUGGACUGCGACUCCGGCAGACAUGUUUCGCGCUUUGUGCCUUCUAGCUGUGCUUGCAUCCGCCAGCGCCUGCAAGCCCUGCACGUGUGGGAUUGUUCGUGGGGCUCGGGUAGUGGGCGGUGGAGCAGUCACUCCUGGAGAAUUUCCCUGGCUGGCGGCCGUGAAGAGAGACGGUAAGCUGAUUUGCGGAGCCACAGUCGUCGCUAGGGACCACCUCAUCACUGCUACACAUUGUGUCUACGAAGUCGAAGCAUCUCGCUUGACGGUACUGGUGGGAGAACACGACGUAAACAAAUCAAGAUCAGAAGGCAUCCGUGUGUCGCAUGUCUUCCAGCACCCAGACUUCAAUCGGUACACCUACGACAAUGACAUCGCUGUACUAAGGCUCUCAGAGCCUAUACCUGAUAAUCUAUACCGCCCAGCGUGCUUGCCAGAUGAUGAAGAUACACUUGCAGGAGUAGAAGCAGUUGUAUCUGGAUGGGGUAGCACAAUUGAAAAAGGACCUCCAUCUAAUAUCCCCAUGAAAGCGGAAGUACAAAUUUGGUCACAAGAAGAAUGCAGGGGCGCAGGUUACGGUCGUAGGAAAGUUACACCGCGAAUGUUAUGCGCGAACGCACCCGAAAGAGAUUCGUGCACCGGGGAUUCCGGUGGACCCUUGCUAAUGGCGCAGCCGCAUUAUACCAUUGUUGGAAUUGUAUCUUGGGGAAGAGGAUGUGCAAGACAGGGCUAUCCAGGUGUCUAUGCGCGAGUGGACCGCUUCAUGUCCUGGCUACGAGUAGCUUUAAGACAUGCCUGCACUUGUCUACCGCCAUCAGCGUCUUACAAAUAACUUUAGAGGUUUACAUAGAGGCUAAAUAAAUAAAUUAUGUACUUAGAUUCAAAUGAAUCAAACAAACUAUAUUUAAUGAGUUCACAAACAUUUGUACAUUUGUAGUGGCUCGAAAAAAAUCACAUUUAAUUUUAAAUGCCAAAAAGUUAUGUCUAUUACUAUAUAAUGUUUACAAAAAAUAGGGGACAUGGUGACUCAAAAUUUAUAGCAUUGGUUAUAUAAACCUGCAGUGAAAUCUUCGUAAAGCAUACAACCAUUGCAAAUUUCGUUACUAGUAUGAAAUCGCCGUGUUUUAAUUACAAGUUGACGACUGUUGAUAUAAUAUUUACAACUCCAAAAUGAUGGCAAUUUUACUUUUUUUUUUAUUCUGUAAAAUUAUUAGUAAAAACUGACAAAGAGAAAGACGAGACAUAAACUAUGUAGAAGGCAGAAUAUAUAAACUAAAUUUUAGACAUACCUAUAGGUACAUUCUCAGUUAUGCAUUUUGUUUUAUAUGAGUACCUAUACAAUAUAUUAUGUUAUAUGUAUAUAAUAUUUGAGGAUAAAUGAAAAGCUUUAAAUGAGACCAGAAUGCCUUAGUCGUUUUGCGUAAUAUAGCUGUUAUUAUCCGAAGUAAUGUUGCCAUUCAAACCAAAGUGAUAUUGCAAGUGGCGUUUAAUUUUUAUUAUAAUUAAAUGUAAGGCUAUUAUCAUAUUUAUAUGUAUCUACGUACAUAAUUAUCAGUAUUAAGUUUAAUUUUAAAUACUUUUAAAUUAAUAUAGAAAAAUGGCUGUGAGUUAUACAUUAAGAAACUAAUUAAUGACAAAUUAUUAUAAUAUUUUUAUUUUUAACAUAUUUAUUAAA